UAGAAGAUACCUACUCCAUUCAACAAGAGGAACUAUUCCUGGACUACAGAACUGAAAGGAAGAAUAUGAAUGGAUUUUGAACCACAGUUUCUAAAGAGUUUGAGAAUACUGGGGAAAUAAUUUGUUCUCCUACACAACAUAUACAGGUAAAGGUUGUUUCUGAUGCAGCUGAGAAAAAUGCAGACCAUCAAAAAAGAGCAGGCAUUGCUUGAAACUAGUAGCAGUGUAGACAAGAUGUUGGUACUUAAUUCUGCUUUAACUGAAGUAUCAGAAGACUUGACAACAGGAGAAGACCUUCUAUUAAAUGAAGGAAGUGUGGGGAAAAACAAAUCUUCAGCAUGCCGUAGAAAGCGGGAGUUCAUUCCUGAUGAAAAGAAAGAUGCCAUGUAUUGGGAAAAAAGGCGGAAAAAUAAUGAAGCUGCCAAAAGAUCUCGUGAGAAACGUCGACUGAAUGACCUGGUUUUAGAAAACAAACUAAUUGCACUGGGAGAAGAAAACGCCACUUUAAAAGCUGAACUGCUUUCACUGAAAUUAAAGUUUGGUUUAAUUAGCUCCACAGCAUAUGCUCAAGAGAUUCAGAAACUUAGUAAUUCUACAGCUGUGUACUUUCAAGACUACCCAACUUCCAAAUCUAAUGUUAGCUCUUUUGUGGAUGAGCAUGAACCCUCCAUGGUGGCAAGUAGCUGUAUUUCUGUCAUUAAGCACUCUCCACAGAGCUCUCUGUCUGAUGUUUCAGAGCUGUCCUCGGUAGAACAUACUCAAGAGAGUCCUGUUCAGAAUAGUUGCAGAAGUCCUGAAAACAAAUUCCAAAUCAUAAAACAAGAGCCAAUGGAACUAGAGAACUAUACAAGAGAGCCAAGAGAUGACAGAGGCUCCUAUACAGCAUCCAUCUAUCAAAACUAUAUAGGAAAUUCUUUUUCUGGAUACUCACACUCUCCUCCUCUGUUGCAAGUCAAUCACUCCUCCAGUAACUCUCCAAGAACUUCGGAGACUGAUGAUGGGGUGGUUGGAAAGUCAUCCGAUGGAGAAGAUGAACAGCAGGUUCCCAAGGGCCCAAUCCAUUCUCCCGUUGAACUUAAAUGUGGACAUGCAACAGUGGUGAAAGUUCCAGAAGUGAAUUCCUCUGCAUUGCCACACAAGCUUCGAAUCAAAGCCAAAGCUAUGCAGAUAAAAGUAGAAGCAUUAGACAGUGAAUUUGAUGCCACGCAAAAACUGUCCUCACCUAUUGACAUGACAUCAAAAAGACAUUUUGAACUUGAAAAGCAUAAUACUCCAAAUAUGGUACAUUCUGCUCUUACUCCUUUCUCAGUGCAAGUGACUAACAUCCAAGAUUGGUCUCUUAAAUCAGAACACUGGCAUCAAAAAGAACUUAGUGGCAAGACCCAAAAUAGUUUCAAAUCUGGAGUGGUUGAAAUUAAAGACGGUGUCUACAAAGUUUCUGACCCAGAGAAUUUGUAUUUGAAGCAGGGGAUAGCAAACUUAUCUGCAGAGGUUGCUUCACUUAAGAGGUUUAUAACUACACAACAGAUAUCUGCUUCAGACUCUGGGUAACCUACUACUGAAUGAUAUCUGGCUGUUUAGGAAGUUAUCAUUUGUAAUAGAUGAAUAUGUUUUGUAUUAUGCUGAAUUUUCACUGGACUUGUGAUGUCAUUUCACUGUAAUGUUCACCUGUUGUCUGUCUGGUGUCUUUUUGUGCACAAACUAUUAUGAAGAUUAGAUUGUGUUAUCACUAUGCCUUGUGUAUAGUCAAAUAGUCCAUGCAAAGACUGUGUAUAUUGAACAUUAUUUUUGUUGUUCUAUAAAAUGUGCAAGUUACCAGUUUCAAUAAAGGAUUGGUGACAACACAGAA